AUGUACUUGGGAGUCCCAAUUGGGGCUAAUAUGAAAAGGGCUAAGCUUUGGAAACCCGUUGUGGAUAAGGUGAGUGCGAGACUGUCAAGUUGGAAAGCGAGACACUUGUCUUUCGCUGGCAGGUUAACGUUAGCAAAGUCCGUGUUGGGAAGCAUUCCAUCGUAUUACUUAUCUCUUUUCUUGGCGCCUAACUGUGUUAUCAAUAACAUCGAUAAGAUUAGAAGAAAUUUUGUGUGGGGUAUAUCGGAUUCUAAAAAGAAGUUCAGAUGGGUCAGGUGGGAGUCGAUGAUGAGAUCGAAAAAGUCCGGUGGUUUGGGGAUUGGAAGGCUUAAAGAUUUUAAUCUUGCGAUGUUGACAAAAUGGUGGUGGCGGUUCAAAGCCUAUCCGUGUCAACUAUGGUGUAAAGUCAUCACCUCUACUCAUAAAUUCUCUGCGGAUAAUCAGAUCAUUCCGGUAUCUAAGUCGAUGCCCGGGGUUUGGAAAGAUAUCGGUAGCAUGGAGCCGGAGCUACUAAAGAUGGGCGUAGACAUCAAGCAGAAUCUGGUUGUCAAGAACGGAGUAUGGAUAUGGCGGACCGAAUCGGAUGAUGUGUUCUCGGUAAAGCAAGUUAGGUGCGACAUCGAAGAAACUUUGGGGGCUGACCCGAGCUGCGUUCCGGGUUUCGAGUGGAUCUCCUGGGCCCCGCCUAAAGCUAAUCAUCUGCUUUGGAGGGCGAUACUUGGGAAGCUUGCUUCUAGAGCCGGUUUAGCUCUAAGAGGCAUUCCUUUGUCCGACGUGUCGUGUCCCCGCUGCGGCUUAGCUCUCGAAGACUCGGAUCACAUUUUCUUCAACUGUAUGUGGGCUAAAUGUGUCUGGUGGAAUGUGCUUUCCUGGAUCCGGAUUAGUUUCCCGUCGCGGAGCGAAUCUCUUUCCGAGUUGUUGAGUUACAUUAAAGAGGCCCCUGGUGGAAAGGUUUGGAAGAAGUUAGUUCGCACCAUCAUAGUCGCCACAAUUUGGAGAAUUUGGGUAGCGAGGAAUGCGAAAGUGUUUGACGAUUCUUUCAUUCCUAUCAUGAAGAUCGUUGAGCUGGUAAAAGAAGAUGCGUUCCUAUGGAUUUGCAAUCGUUCAAAUCUCAAAGCGCCUGCUUGGGAAAAAUGGAGGAUGUUUGAUGUAGUUGAGAUUUUGUAA